CACCUGAACAGACCAGAAGAAGCUGUUCGCAUCGCCAGAGAGAUGCAGAGCAUCGAUGGAGCAAAGAUGGUUGCCAGGUGUCGUCGGGUAUGGAGGGCCACCCGGGCUGCGUUAUUAUGCACCAAGGACCGUAAUAAACGCAUUGCUGACCGCCAUCGGUCCUCCACCCCCGCCUGUGCUGUUGGACAAAAGGUAUGGCUUUCCACACGCUUCGUUCCCGUCAGGGCGGAAUCCAAGAAGCUCACUCCCACCUUUAUUGGCCCGUUCGAGAUCUCUGCUUUGGUUAACCCUGUGUCCGUAAAGCUCAAACUACCUCGCAACAUGAAAAUACACGACGUCUUCCAUGUGUCUCAGAUUAAACCUCUCCAGUCCAGCCCUCUGUGCCCUCCUUCCAGGCCCCCUCCUCCCCCCCGGCUCGUGGAUGGUCUGCCGGCCUACUCUAUCACCCGUAUCAUGGAUUCUCGGCGCCCGGGGCGUGGCUACCAGUACCUGGUGGAUUGGGAAGGCUACGGCUUGGAGGACCGGUCCUGGAUCCCUCGGGCGGCUGUCCUGGACAAGCGCAUGCUGCGGGAGUUCCAUCGCCUGCAUCCGGGUAAGCCUGGUGGGUCGCCGGGAGGCUCCCGUUGAGGGGGGGGUACUGUCAUGGUCCCUGUGCCUCACCAGCUGAUCCUGUAUUAGGCAACAUGUGUUUUGUUGUUUUUUUGCUCUCCCUCUCUCUCUCUCGCACCUGCCGGGGCGGUGCUCAUUAUGGGCUCCCGCCCCUGGCCCACACACCUGCCAUCUCCACACCUGCUGCCUAUCUGGGUGAUCGCAAGGCCUAUUUAAGACGGCAGCACUGUGUUACUCGUCGCUGGAUCGUUGAGCUAUCAGCAUCUACCCCGGACCUUUCCCUGCCUGCCUGUUACCGGGUGGACGAGUGAGUGGAUUUGUGUUACCCCGCUGUGGAGAGAGGAGAGAGAUUCGUUGGAGUGUGUCUGAUUUCAGUCCUUCCCCUCACAUGCCCCGGAGCCCUGGAUCCCCCUCCCCUCCCUCCAGCAAGUUGUACAUAGUAUCACCUGGUGUCGUUUGUGUUAAUAAACUGACUGUCUACUCUGCAAGGAUUCCCGGUCUGCGCCUGAGUCCAUUAACUAAAACCUGACAAUUUUGCUUCUUUCUCAGGACGAAGGUGGGAGAGCUGCUUCCAAACGUCUCUUCUCCCAAGAUUCACUUGCAGUAUGCAAAGGCCAAGGAGGCGGAUGGCAACUGUGCGCACAGAUACAAGGAUGCGGCACGAGCCUACGAGAGCGCGAAGGACUGAGACAAUGUGAUCCGCGUGCUGCUGGACCACCUGAACAGACCAGAAGAAGCUGUUCGCAUCGCCAGAGAGAUGCAGAGCAUCGAUGGAGCAAAGAUGGUUGCCAGGUGUCGUCGGGUAUGGAGGGCCACCCGGGCUGCGUUAUUACGCACCAAGGACCGUAAUAAACGCAUUGCUGACCGCCAUCGGUCCUCCACCCCCGCCUGUGCUGUUGGACAAAAGGUUCUUUCUGCGGUCUAACGACUAUGGCUCAGCCAUCCACUUCCUGGUUUUAUCCCAUUGCAACGACGAAGCCUUCCAGCUGGCGCAGCACCACGAACAGAUGGAGGUCUACGCAGACAUCAUCGGCUCUGAGGCGACACAGGAGAACUAUCAGUGUAUCGCUCUCUACUUUGAGGGAGAAAAGAAACACCUGCAGGCUGAAGUUCUUUCAAAAGUGUGGACAGUACAGCAGAGCGCUGAAGCGCUUCUUGUUGUACACUAACACCGAAGAAAACAUGGCGAUUGAGACGGGGCAGCGAGGGGUGGCAUCCCGAGUUGCAUCUUCCGAGAGGAAGAUCCCACUAAAGCUACAACUCAACCUACCGGAAAUAUGCCCCCAGGGAUUCCCGAGAGGGGGGGUGGAAGAGAAUCCCACCGGAUGGAUCAAAAAAAUAUGACACUUGGCAAUGGUAAUAUGACAACGACCGCGGAAUGCAUAUGCGUCAAGAUAUGCAAGAACCGACAUGGCCUGCGGAUCCACCAGGCCAAAAUGAAGUGUGAGGAGAAGGGGUUGGCAUCACAGUGCGCAGGAAGCACACCUGGUGAG